AUGGAACGUUCGCAGAAGAAUCAGUUGCAAGAUUUCGACUGGGCACUGGGUCUGAACCGCUUCAGUCUCCGGCUGAUGGGCAUAUGGCCGGCCGACCAGGACGAAAGCUCGAAAUCCUUGCUAACAGUCUCGAGGAUACCUCUGAUGAUCCUCGUACUGCUCUGCGGCCUGUUCCUACCGCAGAUGUGGGCCCUCGCGUUGGUGAUCGAGCAGCUACCACUGGCCAUCGACAACCUCAUGACCAGCUGUCCAGCCUUCACCUCCUGCAUCAAGCUCUUCUUCAUCUGGCGCAGUAAAACGAUCUUGCAGCCGGUGAUCGACUCGGCGCUUCAGGACUAUCUCCGGCCGAAGUCGAAAUCGGAAGAAACGGCGAUGCAGCGAGAGGCCUUGCGAGGCCGACUCGUGACCAUCGCUGACUACUCGAUAAUGGCGAGCUGCUACGUGGGCUUCAUCUUCAUGCCGAUGCUGGGCUUCAACGUGCGCAUCAUCAACAACCUCACCGACUGCGACACUCAGCGCGUCCUCCUGGUCCAGUCUUACUUUCCCUACGACUACGCCAGGAGUCCAGCUUUCGAGCUGACGCACCUGCUACAGCUGGCCGCGAGCUUCUUCGUGGGCAUGGCCAUAUCGAUUCCCGACGAUUACUUUUGCGCUUUGUUGUUUCACGCGAGCGCUCAGUUCGAGAUUCUGGGCCUGCAGAUCGAGAGCUUGCCGAUCGACGGGAGCAAGAGCGGCAGGCUGUUGAGCGGAUUUAUCGAGAGGCAUGUGCAUCUCAACAGGAUGGUAUCCGCGGUGGAAAGAUCGUUCGAGUUCGUUAUCGCCGCGCAGAUAUUCUGCAUGUCCAUCAUGGUCUGCUGUUUGGGCUUUCAGGUUCUGAGGAUGCUGGACAGCGCGGCGGAGAAGCCCACCCCUGUGCAGAUCCUCACGCUCGGCGGAACCCUCUUCACCAUGUUGCUGCACACGUUCGUCGAUUGUUUCGCCAGUGAGAAUCUUGCCGCCCGUAGUUCCGAGCUGUUUUUCAAAAUCUACAGCAGCAGGUGGUACUCGCUAUCCUGGAGCAAGAUGCGCUGCCUCGUGCCGAUGAUGCUCGUAGCGAAGACUCCGAGACAGAUAAGGGCUGGAAAAAUUUUGUCCAUGUCUCUGGCUACUUAUUGCUCUAUAAUAAAAUCGACCGCCGGCUACAUAUCGAUGCUCAUCGCUGUCAGCGGAAGGUGA